ACAUCUUAUUCCCUAAGCUUUUUUUCUUGUCGAUGGAUUUUGUAAUAAGUAGUAUACUUCUCUUGUUGGCAUGCAUUACUAUACACGUUCUCUCAAACACAAUAACGAGAAAACGAAACCACAAUAAGCUUCCACCAGGACCUUCACCUCUUACCCUUUUGGAAAAUCUAGUUGAACUUGGCAAAAAGCCAAAACAAACAUUGGCCAAGCUUGCUAGGCUUCAUGGCCCCAUAAUGCGUUUGAAGCUAGGUCAACUAACCACCAUAGUUAUCUCUUCACCGGACAUAGCCAAAGAAGUGUUCCAAACCCAUGAUUUGUUAUUCUCAAACCGAACAAUUCCACAUUCCACAUCUGUUCACAACCAUAGUCACAACAGCGUUGCCUUCCUUCCCAUUUCACCUCUUUGGCGAGACCUUCGGAAAAUAUGCAACAAUCAAUUGUUCUCCCACAAGUCCCUUGAUGCAAGCCAAAACCUUAGACGCAAAAAAACCCAAGAACUCCUUGGUGAUGUGCAUAGAAGUAGCCUUAGUGGUGAAGCUGUGGAUAUUGGAACUUUGGUUUUUAGGACUUCAAUUAAUUUUUUGUCGAACAUUUUUUUCUCUUUGGAUUUUGUCAACUCUGUAGGUGAAACUGAAGAGUACAAGGUUAUAGUCGAGAAUCUUGGGAGAGCAAUUGCAACGCCAAACUUGGAGGAUUUUUUCCCGAUGUUGAAGAUGGUUGAUCCACAAGGCAUUAGAAGGCGUGCAACCACUUAUGUUUCCAAGUUGUUUGCUAUUUUUGACCGAUUGAUUGACAAAAGAUUGGAGAUUGGAGAUGGCACAAAUAGUGAUGACAUGUUAGAUAUCUUGCUCAACAUUUCUCAGGAGGAUGGCCAAAAGAUUGACCACAAAAAGAUUAAACAUUUGUUCCUUGAUCUUAUUGUUGCUGGAACUGAUACAACUUCCUACACGAUGGAAUGGGCAAUGGCUGAGUUAAUCAACAACCCGGAUACAAUGUCAAAGGCCAAAAGGGAGCUUGAGCAAACCAUUGGAAUAGGAAACCCUAUUGAGGAAUCAGACAUUGCAAGACUCCCAUAUUUACGUGCAAUUAUAAAAGAGACCUUACGCAUGCACCCUGGUGCCCCACUUUUGCUACCUAGAAAAGCCAACGUAGAUGUGGAGAUCAAUGGCUACACCAUCCCACAGGGUGCACAAAUCAUAAUUAAUGAAUGGGCCAUUGGAAGAAACCCAAGCGUAUGGGAAAACCCUAAUUUAUUUUCACCCGAAAGAUUUUUGGGGUCAGAGAUUGAUGUCAAAGGUCGACAUUUUCAACUCACACCGUUCGGCGGUGGGCGACGAAUAUGCCCUGGCUUGCCGCUAGCUAUAAGAAUGUUGCAUUUAAUGUUGGGAUCAUUAAUCAAUGGCUUUGAUUGGAAAUUUCAAAAUGGUGUGAACCCAGAUAUUGACAUGGGUCAACCCUUGCGAGCUGUUCCAUUUAGAAUAAACAAAUAAGAUGUAACAUAUAUAUAUUUUUAAUAGAUACAUUUGUGCCGAUAAAACCACACAUUAUUAUUCUUGGAUUCAUAUUUCAUAUAU